CCCAUGUAUAUAUAUAAAGACACACAGACCAAGCUCAAAUGUUUCUAGCUCAAAGCUUUAGCUUUUUCUUCUCAUCACAUAUUCUCCACUUUCAUUUCUACAAAUAUAUACAUACAUAAUUAAAAACUAUAUAUACAAACACUGUGAUAUAUAUAUAUAUAUGGCAGUUUAGUUUGAAAUGGACAGACAUAAUAAUAAACAUGUACAUCUACACUUGAACUCAUUCAGUGUACUUCAGCUCCUCCUGCUCCUUCUCCAACAACUCACGUGCACCUCACGUGCUGCAGAAUCAUCGCCGCCGCCGUCAAAUGAGCUCCAUAUAGGUUUCAGAGCCGGUCCAAAUCCGGCCGUCGAAUCUUUCCAGCCUCUGCUGACCGACUCCUCCGGCAACUACUCGCUCGGUUUCCUCCGGGUCAACCGAAACCAGCUCAGCCUCUCCGUUCUCCACCUCCCCUCCUCCGUCACGCUGUGGUCCGCCAGCACGACCCGUUUGCCCAGAUGGGCCGACCCGACCCAGCUCUCCUUCAACGGCAGCCUGGUUCUUUCCGAUCCCCACACAGGGGUAUUUUGGUCAACAAAAACUCCGUCGGGCGACCGUGUUUGGCUCUCCAACACCUCGAAUCUCAUCGUUGCUGAUGGGCCCACUCUUGUCUGGCAAAGUUUCGACUUUCCCACUGAUACCCUCGUCGAGAACCAAAAUUUCGAUACUGCCACUGCUUUAGUUUCUUCCAAUGGGGUUUACUCCAUGCGGUUGGGUCCGGAUCACAUGGGGUUAUACGCCAAGUUCGCGGGUUCGGGUACGGGUCCGGGUCAAAUAUAUUUGAAGCACACGGCUAUGGAGGCGAAAGCGGAUAUAGUCGAAGGCCAGCCCAUAUACCUGGUUCUCAAAUCCGACGGGUAUUUGGGCAUGUUCCAAAACGGGUCGGGUCCACCUGUUGACGUGCAGCCUUUCAACACGUUUCAGCAAAUCGUGCCGGGUAUCCGCCGGGUCAGAGUCGAACCGGACGGAAACCUGAACGGGUACUACUGGACCGGGUCGAGUUGGGUACUGGAUUACCAAGCAAUAUCCGAUCCGUGCGAGUUACCCAGUUCGUGUGGCCCCUACGGGUUGUGCGGACCGGGCAAGGUGUGCUCGUGCUUGGACAACCGGACGGUUCACGGUUCCGGCGGCUGCGGUCCGCCGGAGAAUCAAAACCCGGGCGACUUUUGCGGCGCGUACGAUAACAACCGGUUCAGGAUUUUGAGAAGAAGUGGGGUCGAAUUGCCAUUUAAAGAACUUAUGGGGUACAAGAAAAUGGCGUCCGUUGAACUGUGUGAGGCUGCGUGUGGAGGGAACUGCACGUGUUGGGGUGCGGUGUACAGUAACUCCUCUGGGUUCUGCUACAUGCUAGACUACCCCAUACAGACGCUUGUGGCGGUUGGGGAUGAGACCAAGAUGGGGUAUUUUAAGGUGAGGGAGGGUGUAGGGAAGAAAAAUGUGGGCGCGUGGUUGGGAUUGGGGCUGGGGUUGCUUUUUGGGGCGGUUUUGGUAUUUGUAGGAGUUUUGGGGUUGGGUUGGUAUAAGUUGAAAAGUAGAGGGGUGAAAGGGUAUGCGGAAGAAGAUGGUGGUGGGGUUGGUGUGGGUGCGUACAAGGAUUUGGGAGCUGCCAGUUUUAGGUCAAUUGAAUUAUGUGAGAGGUGACGUAAGGGAUGACGACACUUUUUUUUUUAUUAUCAAGUAUCAACUGACUUUUUCAUUUGUUUAUUUAAUGGUAGCGGUUGGUUGGAACAACUAAAUCCACUUGUUCAUUUUUUAUUUAUUUUUCACAACUUGUAAAUUAUCCAUACAAUUUUGAAAUGGAUAAAUACAAAAGGAUAUCAUAAUUCAUAACUUCUAAUUGAUUGUGAAUAAGUUUUAAUUAA